GCAAAUGGCAGACAGCAUACAAGCUGAAGGAAUCAUCUCUAGAACUGCUCAUUUGCAUCUUUUGUGUUCCUUGAAGAGCAGUCCGUUACCUACAAGAUAAAUACCCCGCGUAUGAUGCUAUGGCGCACUUGAAUUAUGCAGCAGCACAAGGAGGUGCCACCGAGACGGACGCUACUCUAGUGCCUUGGGAGACUAUUCAUGAUCGAUUCUUCGGUUCUUCCCACCCCUCAUCGGAAUCCAUGGCAUCGCCGCAGAUAACUUCACUGCUCUCUGCUUGCUCGUAUCCGGUGCCCGAGUCUGCGGACUCGUCCCACGAGGACUAUGCCCAUCCGGCUCUAUUCGGUGGAAUCACGUCCGACAACGUCCCCGAACUCGAUAGCGCUUCAAGCACCAUGGAUAGUCACCAGACGCACGGAGAUCAGGUUGUAGCGGAGCGUCUCAAACGCCCGCGCAUUGAGGCUGAGAAGCCUACAUCUGGAACCACAGCCGCGAAGCGAGGCCGGCCGCGAAAAGUACUCGAUGAGUCCUUGGCGGAGGAUCCCGAAGAGAGGCGACGGCGCCAAAUCCGUCUUGCGCAGCGCGCAUAUCGCUCGCGGAAGGAGGCGAAUAUGUCCUCGCUCAAGAGCCGUAUCCUCCAGCUAGAGUCCGUGGUCGAGCAGAUGAGCUCGGCUGUGCUUUCUCUCAGUGACCAGCUGGUUCACUCCGGGGUACUAGAGUCGAACCCUGUCCUGAGUGAGCAUUUGCACCACACGGUGCAGACGUGUCUCACUCUGGCGAAAGACACCAACAAGGACGGAUCGGAUUCGACUGCCGUUGUGCCAUCAGCGCCGCCCAGGGAACCUCCAUCUGCUCCCGCAUUUGUGUCAAGCAACGAGUUCCAGUUCUCCGUGCCCAUUGACCUUGGGACGAACUAUGCUUCCGAUUUCCACCUCUAUCAGCCGGAAAAACAAGUAACACCUUUCAGACCCGCGCUGAUGCCCCCUCCCCAGUUGCUGGUGCUGCCGGAAAUCCAGGAGAUGGAGUUGUCCGUCUUCAUGAGCCGACUGCAUAUGUCAUGCAUCUACCACGGCUGUCUCGCCCUGUGCGACGAUAAUAUCAGCAUCGAACGUAUCAUGAGGCAUUUCUGCUUGCCUCUCACGAUCGUGGACCGCAAACGCCUGACGGCGUUAUUCUAUGCCGCGCUGAACACGAAGGACGGCAAGAAACGCUACGAAGACUGGAAGGAGAUACCUUUCUUCAGUUUAGGCGGAGCGGGAACCCACUACCCUUGGUCUGCCGCAAAGGCUGGGUUGGCGAGCUACUUGCAUCGGCCUGGUGUCCGGUGGGUUGUUCUGCCGGAGCCUCUAUUGCAUUUUCCCUCGCACCUCCAAAAUGUCCUCGCGGGUGAUUGGUUCGACAUGGGUGAUCUGGAGGGAUAUCUUCGUGAAAAGGGUGUCCGUCUGUUUGCGCAUGCUCCACCCGAAGCUGGAAACCAUUCCUACCCGCCUGCUCCUGCGGUCAAUGCGAGGCGGUUGAUUAAGAUGCUUACUAGGUCUGGGAUCUGUCUUGGAUGGACGCCCGGGUUCCGCCGCCGCGACGUGGAAAAGGCCCUUCGUGAAUGUGCGGGGGGCUGAUGUAUGAGUCACUUCGAUGAUACUACGGCAGA